CUCUUGCUAUUUUAGAAUGGAGGUUCACUUGAUCUAGUCUUGAAAAGAGCUGGCAGGAUACCUGAAAAGAUUUUAGGAAAAGUAACUAUUGCUGUUUUAAAAGGUUUAAAUUAUUUGCGAGAAAAACACCAAAUCAUGCACAGAGAUGUGAAGCCAUCAAACAUUCUUGUUAAUUCAAGGGGAGAAAUAAAAAUUUGUGAUUUUGGUGUUAGUGGCCAGUUAAUUGAUUCAAUGGCUAACUCAUUUGUUGGGACUAGAUCUUAUAUGUCACCUGAACGAUUGCAAGGGACUCAUUAUACUGUUCAGUCUGAUAUCUGGAGUUUAGGACUUUCACUUGUGGAAAUGGCUAUCGGAAGGUAUCCUAUUCCACCACCUGAUAGCAAAGAACUUGCUGCAAUAUUUGGUUCCAGGUACACUGCAGAUCAGGAAUGUCCUUGUCCUUCACCAAGCUCAAAGAACAGGCCACACAAUUUAAAUGUUCCUACUGGUGAUAGUCCCAUAAUACUGUCAAUAUUUGAACUUCUGGACUAUAUUGUAAAUGAGCCUCCACCAACUGUACCAGAAGGAGUGUUUUCUAGUGAAUUUAAAGAUCUUGUGGAUAGAUGGUAAUAUGCAUUAGUAUUUAAAUAUUUGAAUUGCAUGUGCCUCAGGUGUUUGUGUUUUACUAAGACAUUGUUAUAGU